CGCAGCCCCGAAAAUUCGCUGCCAAAGUGACCGGCUUUGACACAUUCCCAAAGCCGAAACUCCGCAUCUCCCCCGCCGUCACCACCUGCGCCGACGCACCCGCUCUUGUCCAGUUGCUCCCGGAACGGCCAUUUUUUUUACACCAAGCCACGACCAAGCGCCAUCUCCGGCAACGCUGACGAACCUAGCAAUUUGCGAACAACCUACACCUAGUACCUCUACACGACCGCCGUCGUUAUGCCGCCCCUCCGCUGCGCCAAUGCGCCCGCACCAGCGAGCCUCUUCGUCCAAAUGAGCAUGCGCCGAACCGCCCCGUUCUCUGUUCUGGCCGAUAUCCUGCUCCCGCUGCGUGCGCGCGCUCACCACAACGUCGCCAGGAGAAUAGCGACUGUUUCCACUACCACUCCGGUUUCCAAGACGCCAUGGCGCGCCAGACAAUCCCUAUCUUCAAGCCAGUUCAACAUGCGCCUGUUCACCACCACAGCCCCGAGCAAGGCCACACACACGUUAUUCAACCCCCAGAACGACGAGGAUGGGAACGAGAUGGUGUUGGAAAUUACCGAGCGGGCAGCGAAGCGCCUUUCAGAAAUCAUGACCAAAGACUCCAACCCUUACCUUGCGCUGCGCAUUCAAGUCGAGUCCGGCGGCUGCCACGGUUUUCAAUACCUCAUGAAACUGGUCACUCUCCCAGAGCAACUUCCCCAGUUGCCUCUUGCCGAAGGGGCCGCGGAGGAAUCAGAGAUUCGUGAAGACGAUACGAUAUUCAGCUAUUACCCCGAUGACAGCCCAGCGCCGGCCUCCCCCGAUCUGACGCUACCGAAGAUCAUUUUGGAUGGGCCCUCGUUGGAGUUGCUCAAGGGCAGCAAGGUCGACUUCACCAUGGAGUUGAUCGGCUCCCAGUUCAAGAUUGUCGAUAACCCGUUGGCGACAAGUAGCUGUGGUUGUGGUACGAGUUUUGAUAUCAAGAUAUGAGGAACCAGGUAAUGGAACGAAGGACCUCAUCAGCACGGUUGAGUGUAUUUGUUAUGUGACUAUAGAAUAGGAGGCCUCGUCUACUGGGUAUACAUAAUAGAGCUGCAACAAGCGUUUCCUUGUUCAUACGUCACUUUAGGGGAUACGAUCACGAGUAGAAGCAAUGUUGGUAGACACAAAACUUGAUAGAAUUGGGCCCAAGUCAAGGCCAGUUACGGAGCAGGCUAGGAUCACGAAUCCACCGGUGAACCAGAUUUUGUGAUCGGAAAACGACAAAGUUGCAUUCAUUCCCAUCCAGCCUUUAUGGCUUCCCAAUUAACGCCGAGCACCAUGCAUCCGCAACGACCAAGACCAGGUUCGUGAGAUCUCAACGAAACCCCAAUUGCAUUUAGUUCAUCUGUCUGAUGAGAGCGUUGAUGUGCUCCUCACGGUUGCCGAGGUCACCGCCCUCGAUGAAGUGCUUGAACUUGCGGGUACGGAAGCCACCGGUGGGGUUGGAAAGCUUGAAGGGCCAGAGGAAGUUGGAGGCCUGCUUGAAGUUGGGGCCAACGGUGUAGAUCUCGUGGAUGAGAUCCUCCAUGCAGAUGAUGCCGUACUUGCCGAGGUUCUCCUCGAUGAUGGAGUUGUCGGUGAGGGCAACGCGCUGCUUGUUGACCUUGCCGUAUCCGCGCUUGUAGAUAAGCUCCUUGACGGACUUGAGGUUGGGGUAACCGUAGGCAACCCAGGGCUCGACGAUCUUGAUCAUCUCAGCGGUGGCCUUGGUAACGCGGACGAAGACACCGUUGUUGAUCUGGAGAAGACGGAGGAGCUGGAGGAUCUUGCGGGGCUUGGGGGGGAUCUUGUUGAUACCCUUGAUGCGGAUCAAGAAGAUGAGCUUGGCCUCAGCGGGGAUGUGGAAAGAGCCAUCCUGCUUGGCGGC